GUGGUUGUUUCUCUUUAUUUUAACCGUACAGUUUAGUUAAUAAAUGUGAAUUACUAAUGUGUAUAGGAUAAGUUGACAGCAGCUUUGAUCUUACAAAGGGUUUAUAUUAUUUUCUUAUUUCUGAUCUAUUGUUAAUCAUAAUUACGUAUCAGAGUCCUAUAGCCUUUAAGUGUUAACUUUCAUGGCACAGGGGAACAGUUAGUCUCAAGGCGAAGGGCUAUCAAUAUGGCGACGAAAGGAGACCGGAAGUCGCCGGAGGAUCCGGCAGACGGAGGCGCUCCAAAGACACCGGAAGGGGCGUCUGCGGUACCUACAUCCGACGACGUGGAUGUAGACCUGGCGGCUAAGUUUUCGGCGUUCUGUGACACAAAGACUAAGGACCACUUUACGUCAAAGGCGUGUAACAAACUGGUGAAAGACUGCUUUGAGGACCAUUUCAAGUUUAAGAAAAUUAUACUGACAAAUAGGGUGGAUUCCAGUGUGUUCUCAAAAUGCAAGGAAAAGGGGAAGCCGCACAUGUUGGUGACGUCUGGGAACUGUAAGAAGUUUCUGCAGCAUACAGCGCACGAGUUCGCCAAGCUGAAGAAGGGGGACGACCGGCUGCCGAAGGAGGAUCCGGCCGUCAACGACAUGUACACGGCCCUUCAUCAGCGCGUCAUCCAGUCCAGCGGACCCAAAAUCAAGGCCGUGAAGCAGUCAGCCACCGGAAACGUACAGGGCCUCACGGACACGCGGAAAUACACAGGGUCCCACAAGCAGCGCUUCGACGAGAGUGGCAAAGGUCGCGGUAAGGCGGGCCGCGAGGAAGACAAAACUGCUUCCGGUUACGUGGCCAGCUAUAAGGGCGAGGGGACGUUUGAAGAAGGGAAGCAGUAAAGAAAGAGACAGAUGUGAACUCAAAUAUGCAUUUGUAAAAUAUAAUUCAGAAGAGGUGAACACAUAUGUAAAGCGUAUAUAGUUGUGCGUUCUUAGAACUACAUAAGUUAUAAUACUCGUAUGUCGUUGUAUAUUCUCCUUCUGUGACUACGAUUUUGGACACCAUCAUUAGAAAACAGCUGCUUCUGUGUCAUGAUCUGCUUGAAAAACUUUUGUUUCCAAGGCAUAUUCGGACGUAGCUGUCAGAUAUUCACUUAAGUACUUAUACACUCCUGAAUAGCUUAACCGAUUGUUUAGCUUGAAACAUUCCUUCCGGUUUGGCAGUCAUUGCAUCUAUCAGGCCAAAGAAGUUUCACAGGAAUAGACAUUUGGCCCACUAUAAUGUACCCAUUCUUCUAAUUGAUCACAAUGAUCUGAUACCACUUCUACAGGAAAUCUAUGCUUCCAGAAUGGCGUGCUUUGUGCUCCAGUGUAUGAAAGACAACACCGUGGUGCUUCUGGCUCGACCAGAAUAAAUAUAGUAUAGAAUCAUUUGACAAUGAUGACCGGAACAAGUGCAAGCUGGAUCCAACAAUAGUCGAUGUCGAAAUUGCCGUAACAGUUUACAUGUAGUUAUACAUGUAUUGUUUUUUUUAUAAUGUAACAAGUCUUCAUAAUAUCAUUCCCUCACAUUUUUGUAUGAAUAUAUUCAUUGUCUUCCUGGUUUACCUAAACAAGCUGCCGCCCCUCAGGAAAGGGUAACUGUAUAUAUUGGGUUGUUACGGAUUUACGUGGGUGUCUUACAAGAAUAUCAGGGAUAAAUGUAUACUUGUUUUUAGGAUUUUCUAUUGUUUAUAAAAAAACUAUGUACUAAAAGUUGUUGUUUUUUAAAACUAAUGUUUCAUCCUCUGUCUUAAGUUUCUGCGACUUAUUCAACUUUGACAUACUUGUAAAAACUCGGUGGGCACGUGUUUUAACUCACUGUUGAUGAAAGGCGAGCGAUUUAUUGCCUUAAUGGUACUCUUGGACUGAAUUAAUAAGUGCAUAUACCCUGACAAAUAAAUGUAACAUAUAGAGAAUAAAUAUUUGUUUUCAGUGUAAGAUCGUAAUGUAGAUGUAUUUACCGAGUGAGCACCAACAGGUAUGUCUCAGGUGGCGAAGCCACGAGUGAAACAUUUUUUAAAUGAAACUGAAAUUCCAAAACAUCAAACAAAAUAUAAAUCUAUAAAUCACCAGAAAGAAUACAAUACAUUUUUUCUAAUAGACAAAUGAGUUUAUCCAGAAAUCAGGAUGGAAAGCUUCCAACUUCAGACUUGUGUGCAGCUGUGCAGAUUGUAUUUGCACAGACAUUUGCAUCAGAAACACUAGGAACUAGUCCUUGAAAUGAAUAUAAAUGAGUUUUGAAACAAUUUCAAAAGGAGUUCAGGCCCCUUCACCCUGUUUUGGGUAUUAAUCAGAUCGCAAGCUACGAUGAACAAUUUGUAAUCGUCAGCUGUUUGAACCCCUGAUUACACAUUUAAACUAUUUUUUAAGUCAAUAUUUCCUGAAGGAUCAUAUACAAAACAUGUAUAUAUAGCUGUUUAAGAUUCUUAGUUACUAUUUUAGAUUCUUAGUUAAAGUUAUCAUUAUUUUAGAAGCAAUUGUUAUCAUAUUACACAUUGUACAUGUACUUAUUCUUCAUGCUGUUUGUGUUACUCACCAUUACAUUAACUGUUGUAACCAAUUAACAUGAA